CGUGGAUCUCUGUUCGUCAUGUCUGCACAAAGUAAGGCAAGGCCAAUUCACCCAGCUGUCUUGACCAUUGCAGGCUCGGACUCUAGUGGAGGAGCUGGCAUCCAAGCUGACUUGAAGACUUUCACCGCGCUUGGCUGUUACGGAACCAGUGUUAUCACGGCUCUGACCGCGCAAAACACCACGGGUGUGCAGGGAGUGCACGCCAUUCCGCCUGAAUUUGUAAAGCAACAGCUUCAAUCGGUUCUAAGCGAUGUGGAAAUCAAGGCGAUCAAGACAGGCAUGCUUUGUGAUGCAGGCAUCACACAUACAAUUGCUGAAACGCUCAAGGCGCAUUAUGGGGCUUCUGCACCUCCGCUGGUCUGCGAUCCCGUGUGCGUGUCCACGUCUGGACAUACGCUGCUACAGCGAGGUGCCGUGGAAAUAGUGAUUUCAGAGCUGUUUCCCUUGGCCACUGUGAUAACACCAAACAAGUCUGAGGCAGAGCUUCUCCUCUCGCACCGCGGCCUCCCAUCAAGAGUAGAAAGCCUUGAGGACAUGCUCAUCGCCUCGCGGAACCUGCUCUCUCUUGGCCCGAAGGCGGUACUACUCAAGGGCGGCCACGUAACGACAUGCCUCGCGGACGUGGGGAGAAUAUCCGUCUCGCACCCCCAUGUACGCGUCAUCCGCGAUGGGCUCAUCGACGAGAACAUGGAGAUCUUGCAGAUCGCCGAGCAGGACCCGGCUUUGUUCGUCCUUGUCGUGGACGUGUUACAGGAAUGCGACUCGAUCACCAUGUUCAUCCGGCCACGAGUGGAGUCAAAGAGCACCCAUGGCACGGGCUGCACACUCUCAUCAGCUCUGGCGUCUGCGUUGGCUCGUGGAAAAACCAUCAUUGAGGCUACACAAGCUGCCACGGUCUACACGCAUCUGGGUAUCGAGAGUGCAUUCCCACUGGGAAGCGGCUAUGGCCCAUUGAAUCAUAUGCAUGCUAUCCUCGUGCGCAGCGUCCCUCUGCCCAACGAAAACAUCCCUCAUCCGCUCACGCGCUUGCUCAUCCAGUCCACGCGCGACAUCUGGAAGGCAUACGUCGAGCACGACUUUGUCAAGGAGCUCGCAAAGGGGACCCUGCCCAUGGAAUGCUUCCUGCGCUUCAUCAAGCAAGACUAUCAUUACUUGAAGUAUUACGCCAGGGCGUACGGGAUGCUGGCGAUGAAGUCGUCCACAUUUACUGCCAUCCAUGCCACGACUCAGACGAUCAUCAGCAUCCUCAACGAGGUGUCGAUGCAGAAAACCUAUUGCGCACAAUUUGGUAUCAGCGAGGAAGAGCUGGAGGCGACAGCCGAGUCGGCGGCGUGCACCGCAUAUGGUGCCUACAUUCUCGACGCUGGUAUACAAGGAGACACGCCAAGAUUAAUCAUGGCGCUCGCUGCCUGCCUGCUCGGAUAUGGCGAAGUGGGGCUGUGGCUCAAGAAAGAAGCCUCGAAGCCGAACACCUGGGUCAAGCUCGAGGGCAAUCCAUACAGCAAAUGGAUCGACGAUUACUCCGGCGAUGCAUAUCAGAGCGCUGUCAAGAUCGGCCUCCAAACGAUUGAGGAACUCGCAGUGGCAGAUCCGCCGUCUCCGAAACGGUUCGAAGAGUGGCGCUCCGUGUGGGAGCAGUGCACACGCCUGGAGAAGGGGUUCUGGGACAUGGCAAUGAGCCUAUGUUGAUUCAAGCAUUCCAGAGUACGAAUUGGACAAGAUACAGGAGAACUUGACAUAGAUGUAGCAGAUGAUAAAUACCGCAGCAGCCCAAGAAAAAAAUGUACAGUGUGCAAUCCAUAACGCACCACAGUCCGGACGUUUAUGCGUCGUCCUCUAUUUUCAGAGCUACAGGUUUCGUCUCCUCGGAGGGAGCAACAAU